AUGAAGCUCUUUGCUAUCUUCGCCUUUGCUCUGGCUGCUCUGUUCGGCACAGUUUGUGCCCAGAACAUCACUCAAUCUACAACUACUGCUACCGUGACCAAGACGGUCUUCCACACUGUGACCACCUCGGUCAACCUCGCCACUCUGCCCGGCUCUGCUUCCAGUUGUGCUGCCGCUUCCGAUGUUGCUUUUUCUGAUGAGCUGAAGAGCGUCUACGUCCAGACCAUCGAACUUACCUCCACUAUCUUCUCCACUGAAGUCGAUGGUGUUGUCAUCACCUCUCUGAGCACUGUGAUUGCGCCUGUCACGUCUACCGCCGUUGCCACUGCCACUGCCACUACAGUCUUGACAGACUUUGAAGAAGUCACCUCGACCAACACCAAGCAGAUCAGUACCACGGUCACUACCACCUCGGUCGUUGUUUCGGUCACGACCUCUGCCGCCGCAACUUCAACCUCUAUCGAACAGCAGAUCGCACAGAUGUGGGGUCCGAGCGGAGGUGCGCGUCUGGUCGUUGGCAAUUGGUUGGUCUUCAAUUUGGUUCUCUUGAGCUUUGUUCACUAUCUGUUUUUCGCUCACUGGUAG